GGGAGGGGUGGGAGAGAGAGAGUGAAUGAUACCAAUGACAACUGAACUCAAAAGGACACUCUGAAUUGCGACCGGCCUCGCCAGGAUGUCGGCAUAUAAAGCUCGGGAUACUGGCAGCCUGCUAUAUACAGGCUACUACUACUACUACUCAACAGGCAGCGCAAUGAUCGGAUGUCAAUCAUCAUCGGUAGGGACACAAGGAACGAUCGACAAACCAGAAUAUGGGAAUAAGGCAGAGCAAUUGGAAAGUCUAAACCGGGUGGAGGUGUUCGUGAGAUGGCCACUCGGUAUAGAGAGGGAGUGAGUUGUCGAUAAUCAAUCAGUCACAGUGGAAGCGAAAGAUGUGGAUCACGGGGUCAGUCGGGGAAAAGGUCCGUGACUGGCAGCGAUAACGGAUUCCCUUCCCUUUUCAU